AUGGAGCUCUGGCUUCCACACGUUAUGUGCACCUACCGCGAGCACGUGCAGCGGAUGUAUAACGCGUGCCAGGCAGCGGACGUGCUUGCUGUCAUCCGGGAUCAAGUGGUUUUUGCUGUUCGACAGGAGUACGUGCUUCUUGGAGAUCAGCUUCUGGUCCUGCAGCCCGGAGACGAGGUUGCCAUUAUCCCACCAAUUAGUGGAGGCUGA